AAUCUUCUUCGGUAAAAGCGAGGAAAUUCGGUGUCAGUACACUGCUUUGGAUGAUCUCCUUCGACGGACGGUUUGAAUCUGGCGGGAAACGCAAGGGUGCUGACACCGCCCUCUCGUACACGCGCCGCCGCGGUCGUGCGGAAAAGCGUCUGCAGUGAGCAGAGGGUAUCGUCUGCUCUUCCGGCCUCCGCCCUUUGAGCUUUGUAUCUCUUGUUGAAUAUGUGCAGCAAAACACGAGCCGACCCUCCGCUUGCCCCACUUCCUCGCUGAUACAGCAGUGUGCAGCUCCGCGACCCGCACUAGUGCACCAUGCUGCCAUGUUCUCUUCUCCGAAGCGCGCCGCGGUGUCCGCUGGCGUGCAUCGGCGUCCUGGCCCAACAGCAGGCCCAGCAGGUUAGGACGCCGUCAGCUGUGGACUUCAGCAACAGUUCAUCGGGCGCGUCGACGGCGUCGUAUGACGCCUUUGCCCCCGACAACGUCCUGAGCAAGCAGAGCCGCGAGGACUGCGUCCGCCGCCUGUCGCUCAUCCCUUGUCCCAGCACCCUGGCGGCCAACCCCAAGGCCAGUGCCCCCGACAACGACACCAGCCCCCCGGCCCAGGCCGCGGCUCAGGCCGCCGCCGCCAAGGCCAAGGAGGCCGCCGUGCUGGUGCCCCUGUGCGUCGUGGACGGCGAGGUGUGCCUGCUCUUCACGCUGCGCUCCCCGCACAUGUCCUCCCACCGCAACCAGGUGUCCUUCCCCGGCGGCAUGAAGGACGAAGAGGACGACAGCUUCGAGUCGACGGCGUUGAGGGAGACGGAGGAGGAGCUAGGCCUCCCUCGCGGCCAGGUGGAGGUGUGGGGCCGCUGCCCGACCAUAGAGUCGAUCAACCGUGUCAACGCCGUCCCCGUCGUCGGCAACCUGGGCCACAUCAAACUGAACCAACUCAAGUUUAACCAGAAAGAGGUUGGUGACGUGUUCACCAUACCCCUUCGUCAUCUGUGUGACAGCAGUAAUUUCCGAUACACUCAGUUCCGCACUGGGAAGGGAUACGUGCUGCCAGUGUUCCUUGGAGCGAAGUACAAAGUUUGGGGUCUGACUGCCCGUAUAACACACAUGUUCCUCAGCACCCUUCUGCCAUCAGUUUAUAGGAGCAAACUUUACUACAUAAAGCCUCUCAAAGUCUAGUCUUCUCCAAAGGGCUCAAAUAUUAUUUAAUGAUUCUGUCUUCCACUCAACCACAAAGUUGAGCGUGCUGACAUUGUAACAGACGAUACAAUUUCUUUUGUUAAAUGAAUUUAUGUGAUUUAGGAAAGUAGGUAUGGUCUGAUCUCUUUUGUGUUCACUUAUAAUUUAUUUUCUGAUCAAGACAAAUAUUUUAUUAAAUGUUUCUGCUGUAGACAAAGUGGAUCAAAAUUAGGUUCAAAGGGAGGAACUAGAAACUGACUUGAUAAUUCACUUAUUGACUUCACUUGAGGUAUCAGCUAAGCUAUUGAUGGACCAAUCCAUUUUGAAUAUAUUUGUGAUAUGUGAAUAGGGCUUGUAAGUGCUUCACAAAUCCAUAAAAUUUCAUCUUGUUUCUGUUUUAUUUUAAGUGCCAUGCAUUGACUUUGUUUAAUCUUUGAAGAGGGUUGACCUUCGGAAAAAAAGAAGCAUCCAUUAAGUUUAUCUGGCCUCUUUUUUUCUUUCCCCUGCAUUUGGUUUUUGUUUUUUCCUUCUACAUUAUUCAUGUAUUUAGGUAGGUUUUCAAAAGGGCAGCUGGCUGCCUUGUCAGUUAUUCCGUUGCUUAUUCACUAAAGCUCAAGCAGGACUUGGGUUUGAAUUUUGUUUUAAGUACAGUAA